AUAUUAAUUACAGCGUAUCUGCUCACUGGUACUGUUGGGGUGGAAAUCUGGCAGAAGCCUCUCCUGUUCGGUUAUUACAUCACAGAUGCAUUAGUAAUCUUGCUUGUAGGCUUCAGUUUAUUUCUUUCAUUUCCACAAACACUGUACAACAUUCGCAGAGCACAUUUAAAGAAAACACUGAAGAAUGAUUCUUUGUAUGAAGGACUCCUACCUCUUGUGUCACCUCUGUUGCUGUUCAUUCUUCUUACAGUCUGGGUGGUUUUAUCUCCAGGCAACAUAUUAACAAAACAACCAAGACUGUUUUUAUGGAUGGUUGGGGUUGCUUUCUCAAACGUUAUUUGCAAGGUGAUCGUCUGCCAGAUGAGCAGCACCCGACCGGAGCUGUUCCACUGGAUCCUCUUCCCGCUGGCGCUGGUGGUCUACGCAGCCAUCUCCGGGCUGCUGGGCUGGACAGAAGAAGCGGUGCUGGCCGUGUUCACUGCCCUGGUCACGGCCGCCCACCUGCACUACGGGGUCUGUGUGGGGAGGCAGCUGAGUGAGCACUUCAACAUUUACAUCUUUUCCCUGAAGAAACGUGUCCAAGAGUGA